UAAUAGUCCCAGUAUAAUUCAUUUGCAUUUGGGUAUCUACGAUAUCCAUGCACCACACUUGUCCAUGAAGGCCUUUGAUUCCUGCAAUAAGUUAGAAACAUUGGACUUGUCUAAAAGUAGUUUUGAAUACAAAACAGAAACCUACUUCGAUGGGCUCUUAGCAGGAUUGACGAAUUUAAAAGAACUGAAUCUUUCCGGGACAGGUAUUGGGUUUUUACCUACUGUUAUACCAAAGGUAAUGAAUCAGCUGGAGACACUUGAUGUAAGCCACAAUCAGAUUUCCUGGUGGAAAAGGGAAUAUUUCAGUAAUUUAACUUCGUUAAGAAAAUUAAUAAUGGCUUCCAAUCAAAUUGACACCAUCCACAGUAGCUCGUUUCCUGCCGGAAGAAUUCAAUCUCUGUCAACGGUGGAUUUAUCUUAUAAUCCCUACUCCUGUUCGUGUGAAAACUUACUUUGGUUUUCAAAAUUACUGAAGACCAAGUACGCGACUAAUAAGUUCAAAAAUUUCCCGAAAGGGUACCUGUGUUCAGCUCCAAGUGCAUGGGAGGGGAGGAUGGUUAUUAAAACGCCCAUAAGUGAUCGUUAUUGUUUACUGACGCCAGUCAUCAGUCUGAUCAUAACAUCAGUAUCAGUGGGAUUACUGCUCUUAAUAUUCACCAUAUCCAUGGUUUAUCGAUAUCGCUGGCAUCUUCGGUACUUCGUUUACAUGCUGCGUUACUACCACAUCCGAUUUCAAAGACUCGUCCACGACGGAUGCGACUAUCGCUUUGAUAUUUAUCUAAGCUGCAGUGAAGAAGACGUAGAUUUUAUUUUAGAGAAUAUAUUACCACGAUUAGAAGGCGAGUUGAAUCUCCGUGUUUUUAUCCCACAAAGAGAUGGGAUUGGAAAUAAGAUCGAUGGGAUAAUAGAGAAUAUGGAUGCCAGCAGAAGGGUCAUCUUGUUUCUAUCUGAUACAUUUGCAGCUGAUCAUUAUUGUGAGUUCGAAACCAGCUUAGCUUACGAACGUGUUUUAAAUGAAAGAAGGGACUUGAUGAUCGUGAUUCUUUUAGAGGAAUUAAAAGUUGUGAACGUCACCAAGACUAUUCACAGAGUAUUAAAUGUGGAGGAGUAUAUACCAUGGGAUGGCAGUGAGCAGGGUGUUGAUAUGUUUUGGUUGAGACUGAUUAAACAUCUGGAUUCUCCUGAUGAACCCAGACCUUAG